AUGUCAUUCUUUGAUUUCUCUAAGCCGAGAAUGUUCGACGUGAAAAAGCGUAUUGGAGCAUUUGAGAAGUUCGAAGACGCCGACAGCAUGCCAGAGUCAUGGGUGGAAUUGGCACCAAGCAGGACUAGCCUAUGUAGCAGUGUUGAUGCCUCUAUGGUGCUAGUUGAUGAACACAAAGACAAAGAUUCGAGGCUCAGUCCUGUUUCCAUACAGUCUCCACAUGUUGAAUUUGACAAUCUGGAACAAGUGAAAUACCGGUUGGUACGAGAUAUGUUGCCGGGAAAGAACACCGACUGGAUAUGGGACUGGAGCAGCAGGCCUGAGGUUUACCCACCAAAAUGUGUACGCGUGAGGCAGUACGGUUCAAACCUUACAACACCUCCUAAUUCUCCGGAACCGGAACUAAUGACCGUGUUUGCAUAUGACGUAGAGCCAAAGUCGAUGUCCUUAACAGUUGUGGUUGGCUUCAUCGUGUCGAAUGUGAUAACAUUCAUGAUUGGAGCGGCAGUUGGGUUCGCGAUCUGCAAACGCCUCGUUAAAGAACGGAAGAUAUGA